AGCUCUUGCCUGAUUCAGUCUGAUCAUGCACACAGUCCCUCUUCUCUGUCUGGCUGCUCUAAGCACCUCAGCACUAAUAACUUGUCAUCCUAUACAAAAGGAAACAAUCCAAACAGAUUUAACAAGAGAAAAUCUGAGCAAUAUGGAGACCAUGAUCAGUACAUACGGAUAUUUCCUGAUGAUGAAAUUUAGUAAAAGAAUGAGGAAAGCCAUUUCUCGAGAGUCCAAAGUAGCUGCUUUACUGAAGAAAAGAAGCAAGGACUGCUUCUUACUACUUCAUAUUAAAACAAAUAAUAUAAUGUGCUUGGAUAGAACUAAAAACACAUAUAUUUCAGUUGAUGGCAUUAAUAAGGACUGCUUUAAAACAAUUCACGGAAAGAAUUCCCAUCAUGCUUUGUGCCCAUGGAGGAGUGACGCAAUGAUCAAGCUUGUUGGAGGUAAAAGUCACACCGAGGCUUAUAGUACAGAAUUACAUCAUUCUCUGCAGUCAAACAACCAUAAAACACAUCGCGGACAGAGAAGAAGCCAGUAUAUUGACCCAUCUGAUCCCUUGGGAUCUGAGAAUCCAAGGUCAAGGACUGCUAAUUAUCGAAGACCAAAUCGAGAGCAUGAGCACGAGCGCAGCAGUAAUGUUUCUAAAGAAACCAUCACUUCCUAUGACGACCCUUUACACGUACUGCUCUCCAAGAGCCCUGUCAGUCCUAAUUUACAAAAACAGAAGAAACACAAGCAAGUUGCACCAUCUGAUCCAUUCUGAAUUACUGACCU